AUGAGCCCGGGAAAAGUAACAGCAGAUGCCCAAGGCACGGCGGGCGGGGGAGCCCAGGGCCCCGACCCUGCGGGGAAGCCACUUCACAGUCCAAAGGGACCGAUCGGGACCUCCCCUAGCAGCCACACCGUGGCUUCCUCGGGGUUCCUCGUGACCCGCGCCUCCUCCGCCGCGUUGCGGGGGCUGCACUGGGGGCUGCAGCCGCCGCCCACGCCGGGAUCUGCUGCUCAGGACCGUAGGAAGUGGCGGAACAUCUGUGUCUCCCUGGUGCUCAGCCUGCUCACGGGGGCCCGGGCGCUGCUCGGAUGCGGGAUUUGGGGGCUAUCUCAGUACCCUCAGAUGGCUACAGACCCGACUCACGGCCACCCGCCAUGGGCGCUGGCACUGGUGGCUGAGUCUGUGGGUGAUUAUUUCCUGGCCCAUGGAGCUGGUAUGCUGUGGAACCAGACCUUGGGCCAGGCCGGCUGGGACCUGCUCUGUCACCAUUUGGUGGUAGUGAGCUGCCACAGCACCGCCAUUCUCUCCAGCCACUACAUGGGCUUCUCCAUGUUGUCUCUACUUCUGGAGCUGAACUUGGCCUGCCUGUACCUGCACAAGUUGCUGCUGCUUUCUCACCAGGUGCCAUCCCUAACCUUCAGCAGCAGCUGGGCCACCCUGGCCACACUAGCCCUCUUUUGCCUGGUGUCAGUGGGGUGGAUGAGUCUGUGGCUGUUCCGGUAGCACCACCAGGUGCCUCCUGCUUUGCUCAUCCCUGGUGGAACUGGGCUCGUCACUGUGCAUGUCACGAGCAUCAUAUUGGGUGUCCACAUCCUGGUCAGUGAUGGCCUGUGGUCUGAGCCCCACCCACACAACCCUGGGCACAAGGAAUCUGGGACCAGGACAUGUUGUGAUGGUGAGCCUGUCGGGCCUCACCACAGGGUUGAUUCCGCUCUCAGCCUGGAAGACUAG